UCCUCCCUCGUACAACAAUCUCCAUCUUUUUCUUGUCUCUCUGUUUUUCUCUUUCUGUCAUCUGUCACCCACUACAUAUCUACAAUCAAAUAAUUAAUAUUAUCAAUUCUUCUUUCUUCAACAUUUUCUAUAUGCAAUAUAUUAACCAAAAGAAGAAAGGAAAAAGUAGGAAAUCUUCUAUUUCUUCUCAAAUAUAGAAAGGUCUUGAUUCUUGUGUUUCUGAAGAAACAGAAAAGCCCUUUAUCGCAGUUGAUUAGUAUUUGUCAUUUCUUAUUUUAUUAGUAUCAUUUGCAAUUUGAAGGAACAUGAAGCCCUCAGGCUUUGUGUCACUACUGAAAGAUUCAAAAAUCAAGAGGUCAUGUUUCUGUGCCCUUUUUCCUACAGUUUCCGUAUUGUGUCUGAUUCUAUUGUUAGGAAGCGACUUUGUAGCAGAUCAUAAAGAGAAAAGUUUGCAAUGGAAGCUGGAGAAAGUGCGAAGCUCAUGUGAGAAUCAAUGCAGGCCUAAUGGAAGUGAGACAUUACCUGAAGGUAUUAUUGCUAGGGCUUCUAACUUGGAAAGACGGCCCUUAUGGGGUUAUCCAGAGCAGAAAAAGGAGCCUUCAAAGUAUUUGUUUGCUGCAGCUGUUGGGAUAAAGCAAAAGGAAACAGUAAACGAGAUGGUACAAAAGUUUCUGUCAAGUGAUUUUGUGGUGAUGCUUUUUCACUACGAUGGUAUUGUCGAUGGAUGGAGGAGUUUUAAAUGGAGUGAUAGUGUAAUACACAUCUCAGCUUUGAACCAAACAAAAUGGUGGUUUGCAAAAAGAUUCCUACAUCCAGAUAUAGUUGAUGAGUACAGUUAUAUCUUCCUCUGGGAUGAAGACCUUGGAGUUGAAAAUUUCAACCCGAAACGAUAUAUAUCUAUUGUGAGAGAUGAAGGUCUUGAGAUUUCGCAACCAGCACUAGAUAUUGGAAAGUCAGAGGUGCAUCAUCAGAUUACUGCGCGUGGGAGGAGAUCAAGAGUGCACAGAAGGACUUAUAAGGCUGGCGAUACUGGCAUUCAGUGUGACUAUACCAGUGCGGCUCCUCCUUGUACAGGGUGGAUAGAAGUAAUGGCUCCUGUGUUUUCGAAAGCUGCUUGGCGCUGCGUGUGGUAUAUGAUCCAGAAUGACUUGAUCCAUGCUUGGGGUUUGGACAUGCAGCUUGGUUACUGUGCACAGGGAGACCGGACUAAAAAUAUUGGGGUUGUCGAUGCUGAAUACAUUGUUCAUUAUGGCCUUCCAACACUAGGAGAGCCUGAAAAGAAGAAGAAUUUGACAGUGGGUGGAGAAAACAUCACAAGCCUUGGAAAACAAGCACCAUCUCAAGCCAGCACUCUCAAUUUCAGAGUUGAAGUGAGAAGACAAUCGUACAAUGAGUAUAAGAUAUUCAAACGACGAUGGAAACAGGCAGUCGAGGAGGACAAGUGUUGGACGGAUCCUUAUCCGGAGUCAGUGAAGUAAAGCAUUGCUCUUUCAGUGCAUCAGGUUCUUGUAUAAAAUGAGAUGACAUGAGGCCAGGAAGCUGCAGAUGCGAGAAACGGAGAUAGGCAAAGUUGCAAGUCAAACUGCCUCACUAGAGCAUGAUCAACGCCAAAAUUAUCGCCUUAACACAAGGAAGAGGACAUCAAAUUUGUGGAGAAUCGAAGAAUUUGAAUUUAGAAAACCAGAAUGUACAGUUUUAUCAAGUUUUUUUGUGUGUAAAGUUGCAAUUUGAUAGAUUAAUGUGCUAUAUUUAAGACUUGGAAGUAAUAAUCUGUAUAGUUAAGUAAUCUGAGCUUCAAAUAUGUACUCUUACAACAGAUGCCAGACAGACUCGGUAGGAAUUAGAGUUAUACAUUUUUUUACAAUACAUUCAAUCCUUUCUACA